AGUGUUUGAUAAAGACCUCUUGAAGACAGAUGACAAAAUGGGACAUGCACAACUCAGCCUUCAACCACUUGUCUCUGCUACUAGACUCAGGCAGAUUCUGCAGAACUUCAAUGGCGAGACGGUGUUAAGGAAGGUUGUCCCAGAUAGUGACAACUGUUUGGUCAGAGAAAGCUCCAUCACUUGUGUCAAUGUUUGAUGCUGCAAAAUUAAGAAAGCUAAGACCAAGUUUCAAGCAGAAUGAGGGCUCUGUUACUGUUGGCAAUGCUUCAAUCAUAAGUGAUGGUGCAGCUGCAUUAGUCCUAGUGAGUGGAGAGAAGGCACUUCAACUUGGAUUGCAAGUAAUUGCAAAGAUUAAGGGCAAUGCUGAUACAGCUCAGGCACCUGAAUUCUUUACAACUGCUCCAGCCCUUGUGAUACCAAAAGCUAUUUCAAAUGCUGGUUUAGAUGCUUCUCAGAUUGAUUACUAUGAAAUAAAUGAAGCAUUUUCUGUUGUAGCUCUAGCCAAUCAAAAGCUGCUUGGUCUUAAUCCUGAAAGCCUUAACGUACAUGGUGGGGCUGUAUCAUUGGGACACCCAUUAGGAUGCAGUGGAGCUCGUAUCUUGGUCACAUUGUUAGGGGUAAUCUAUAAGCUUCCCUUCUCUUGCAGUGCAUUCCUAGUUUGACAUUCUAAUAUCAUU